AUGAACAAACUCACCUCCGCGUUUCAAUUACGCAACGGGGGCGUUCAAGAGCGGCAGCGUUCAGAUCUUGACCUGAUCCUGGAGAACUGGUGGAGGAUGAAACAAGGCAAAUGGCUGUUUAAAUACUCACAGAAGCUGAGAACUCACAGUCAAACAACUUGGGAACUGGUGACUGGAUAGAAGAGGUGACCACGAACAGUCAUGGGAUGUGGCGUCACAAAGUCUGACCAGUUCCACAAACAGUCCAGAAAAGCCGUCACAACUUUAAGAGCUGCCGUGCUGAUUCAGAGAUGGUACCGUCAAUAUGUAGCCCGCACAGAGACAAGGCGGAGAUACACCUGGCACAUCUUCCAGUCCAUCGAAUACUCUGGAGAACAGGCUCAGAUAAAGCUUUAUAAUUUCCUCGGCUACCUCAUGGACAAUUUCACACCAUCAAGCAAUGAACGAAAUUUGAUCUCGCACAUCUUCAGAGAGAAUGAGGUUUGUCGGGACGCAGAGUGGGAGAGGUACUUCUGCUACAAGAACAUCGAGGUGCCGGAGAUUUACUCAGGACCUCACCUGACCUUCCCUCUGACGGUGGAGCAGACAGUCGGGCUGGUGGAAGCAUUCAGGAACAAGAAACAGUUGCACUCGCGCUACGUCCUCCAGCUCCUGCUAGAGACGUGGAAACAGCUCCGGAUGUUGCCAAAUAUCAACCGCAUCUCCACCUGCCAGAGCAAAGAAAUCACUAUUUGUGGUGAUUUGCACGGGCAACUGGAAGACCUGUUGCUAAUUUUCUACAAGAAUGGCAUGCCGUGUUUGGAGAAACCCUAUGUAUUUAAUGGAGAUUUUGUAGACCGAGGCAAAGACUCUAUUGAGAUCCUCAUCAUCCUGUUCUCAUUCCUGCUCGUCUAUCCGAGUGACGUCUAUCUCAACAGAGGAAAUCAUGAGGACCACAUAGUCAACCUGAGGUAUGGUUUCACAAAGGAGGUGUUGACUAAAUACAAGAUGCACGGCAAACGGAUCCUGAAGCUGCUGCAGAAGAUUUUCAGCUGGUUGCCAUUGGCAACGGUGAUCGACCAGAAGGUGCUGGUGCUCCAUGGAGGGAUCUCCGACGUCACAGACCUCAGCAUCCUCGCCAGACUGGACAGACACAAUUAUGUUUCAGCACUGAGGCCUCCAAAGAAGAGACACAAGAGUUCUGCGGGGAUGUCCAUCGACUCAGAGAUGGAUGAGGACAUCUUAGCCGCCAACAAGUUAUGCCAGCGUCGGAUCUCCCUUGCAUAUCCCAAAGCCUUUGGAGAACGUGAAAGUUUCCAAAACCGCUCAUUGCAGGACUUCUCUGACCGGAUCAAAGGAAACGCUGUUGAUGAGCUGGAGAGCAGGAUGAGGAAACAGUCUAUUUACAACUCGGGGACCAUAUCAUCGGAAAAAAACAUAACUGCAUCUGUGUCCUCUGACUCUAUCAACAGUGACAAUCCCAAUGACGAGUGGAAACAGGUCCUGGACUUGCUGUGGAGUGACCCGAUGCCGCAGGAUGGCUGCACACCCAACGAGGUGCGAGGCGGUGGUUGCUAUUGGGGCCCCGACAUUACCGAGGACUUUCUGAACAAACACAACCUGCAGCUUAUCAUCCGCUCCCAUGAGUGUAAACAGGACGGUUAUGAGUUCUGCCACAACCGUAAGGUCCUUACUCUGUUCUCUGCCUCCAAUUACUACGACGUGGGAAGUAACAGGGGGGCCUACGUGAAGCUGGGUCCAGAUCUUGUGCCUUAUUUGAUUCAGUAUCAGGCCAGCAGCAUGACCAGAGAGCUCACUGUGAGACAAAGUGUUGGACGAACUGAGCGCUCAGCCCUCAAAGUCCUGCGGGAGCAGCUGUUUGCGCACAAAUCUGACCUCGUCUGUGCCUUCAAAAAGUUCGACAGCGAGAACACAGGUCUUGUAUCUGUGACCGACUGGGCCACUGCAGUGGAGAGUGUGAUGUUCCUCGGUCUGCCCUGGAGGAUGUUGCGCUGUCAGCUGGUCACCUCCAAGAUCAUUGACGGCAUGAUUGACUACAAUGAGUGGUUCAGUGAGCUUAACAUUAAAGGAUCCAACACAGAUCACAUCGACCAGAGUCUACUUGAGACUUUGUAUCGCCACCGCUCCACGCUGGAGACCAUCUUCAGAAUCGUAGACACAGACAACUCAGGCUUUAUCACCAUUGAGGAUUUCCGGCAGACCUGGAAGUUGUUAAGUGUCUACCUAAAGAUGGAAAUCACAGACGAGGCCAUCUCUGACCUGGCUGUCACCAUCGACAGCAAUCAGGAUGGCAGCAUCGACAUCGAUGAGUUCAUGGAGGCCUUCCGCCUCACAGAUAAGAAGAGCCGGCUGGAGCGAGGACGCAGCAUGUUCAUGGGCACGGCCAGCGACCUCACCAAGCUGGAGGGAGACCCAAACAUUUGAGCAGAGAGAGAAAACAGACUGAAAACAGACUGACCUCAGCUCAGACUCCUCGCCAGGCAGACAGGCAGUGGAGGGGAGGGCUGGGAGAUGCAGCCAACGCAAGCUGCUUUAAUGACGCACACUUAGACGUAGGAUGAUGCUGAGCAACAGCCGCGUAGAUCACAGGGGAUUAGGAUGAGUUUAGAGUUCAGGAUAUCUGACAGCCUAUGUUCAUUUCACAUUUUGAAGCUGUUUUAUCCACUGAGGAAGUGUGGGUAAAAUACUGAAUAGUGAAUAGUUUAAAUAGUUAAAGUAUUACAGAUGUAAAAUCCACAAACACAGAAGCAAAAAGGCAUUAUGUUCAGGCUGCAUCAUUAUUCAGAUAAUAAUCAAGGUAACAACACUUUUAACUUUAACUAGACUAGACUUAAAAGAUGUAACACCUGCACACUGACUCCAGAUAUCUUUAAAUGGACAAUGUUUCAACCCCAGCUGGAUUU